AAAAAAAUAUAAUAAAAAAGUGGCAUGUAGACAAUAAUGAUAUUAGCGAUUGUUAUUUUAGAAUUGUUUAUAAAUAGAUAGAUAGAUUUAAAUAGUAUUAAAAACACGGAGGGGUAGGUUACCACUAAAAAUUUCCGAAAUAAUUCUUGUAUUUUACAUCAAACUAAACGGGUAUCUCGAUUCUCAAGUUAUCGACAAACGGGUCUAGUAGGAUAAAAAUUUCAUAAUUCAAAGACUUGCCUUUUCCUCUUUUCCUUUUUCUAGCUACUUCCAUCAUGGUGAAAAAACGGUGACGUAUGACCCUGGUUAUAUCACGAUCUAAUUUUGCCGGUUUUAAUUAUGGUUAACCAAACAAAUCGACAUCAAUGGAGAAGAUUAAUAUACCAAGUAAUAGUUGAUUUUCUCCGGGAACUAGGGGAGAGGCAGCCUCAUUUUCAAGAUUAAGAUUUCACAUUCCCAUUCUUCUCUCUCCAUUAAAAUCACUGCGAAAUUUCUUGAUAAAUUUACAGGAAAAAGGUGUAAAGCAUUCGAACAAAGAGACUGAAAAUAUUGAUACAUUGAGAAUGUGGAGUUUUCCAAAUACAAUCCCAAAUCUUCGUCUUCGGAAGGUUUCUACCGAGCCAAAACUGUGUUGUGCUGACUCGUCAGAUGAUGACACUGGGUCAAGUUCUAGCAGAGAGGAAGGUCUUGAGUGCCCAAUUUGCUUUGAAUCCUUCAAUAUUGUUGAGAAUGUGCCUUAUGUCUUAUGGUGUGGUCACACUCUGUGCCAGAAUUGUGUUCUUGGACUUCAAUGGGCUGUUCUGAAAUUGCCUGCCCAGAAGAUUAAGCUUCCGUUUUUUGUUUCCUGUCCAUGGUGCAGCUUGUUAUCGUUUAGAUGGGUCUAUAGAGGAAAUCUCAAGUUUCCUCGAAAAAACUACUUUAUCCUUUGGAUGAUAGAGAGCUUGAAUGGAGAACGGGCAGAGUCUUCUUGUUCAGUAAGAGAUGAUAGCCGGCCAGCAUUUUCUCCAAGAAUAAGCACACUUAUUGGUUCUCCCAACAAUGAAAGCCCUAGGAGGGUUCAAUAUGCUCAAACUCGAGGAUGGUUGGGAAGCAACCUUGAUAAUAAUCGUGUUGCUGGUAAUAUUAAUGUGGAAAGGCCUCAAUUCUCACUUCAUAAGUCCCUUGAUUACUUCAUUCACGUUGCUUCUAAGUUCCCGCUGGUUAUUCUUUUCUUGGUGAUUAUAUUCUGCGUAAUACCAGGAAGUGUGGCUAUAUUGGUCCUGUACUUGCUAGUCAGUGUUCUAUUAGCUCUGCCGUCUCUUUUGGUUGUUUACUUUGCGUACCCUACUUUGGAUUGGUUAUUGAGAGAAAUUGCCAGCUAAGGUUUGUUUGAUUCUGCAGUUUGUGUUCUUGUUGAGUUUGUUGGCUUGCAAGAUAGUUUCUUCUUUACUUCCAGCUUCUCCAUUAUCCAUGUAUUUCGGUUGCUCAUUGCUUGAUUGAUUAGGGAAGUGUCAUGGAAUGGGAGACCUGUGAAGUUGCAUACUUUCUCGCAGUUGACAUCACAAUUGUAAUGCUUUGUUGUGAUUAUUGGAGUCCUAGAGGCUCAUAAUGAAAUGGGCUUCCCAUAUGAGGGACUAUUAUGAUCAA